AUGACAGCCCGUUCAGCUUUCCGCUCAUUACGCUCAGCAGCGUUCCGCACGGCGGGCGUGACAGGUGCCGCGACUCUCGGCUGGGCAUAUCUGCAACGUCUUCCAAGACAUCAGGAGGACCACCGCUUGUCAUGGCGGGAGUCCGUUUCCACGAGGCUCUACACGACAUUUGUGGCUCCGAUCAUCAUGCAAACGGAUGCAGAAACAGCGCACACCUUGACGCUCCAAGCAGGGGAGGUCCUGCAGGCGUGUCGGCUGCUGCUUGAACCGUCCCACGCCAAAUUGCCCCUAGAUUGGCUGUUGCGUCCGCCAGCAGCGCAGUCCACCUCGUCCGGACCAAAUCUGCGGCAAGAGCUCUUCGAUGAGCGACUCGUUUUCGACACGCCGGUGGGAAUUGCGGCCGGAUUUGACAAGAAUGCUACACUCGUUCCUUUAUACCGGUUGGGUUUCAUGCAGAUUGGCUUCGCAGAAGUGGGAUCCAUCUCUGCUGAGCCGGCAGCAGGGAAUGAAAGGCCACGGUGUUGGCGGAUCCCGAGUGACCAGGCAGUCAUCAAUUGCAUGGGCCUGAACAAUGAGGGGGCUGCGUGUGUCGCAGCUCGUCUCAAGACUUUCACUUCUGUUGAAGGAGGUGCUCCUAUCGGAAUCAACAUUGCCAAGACGCACAAUCCCGCCAUUGUAGGGCCGGCCGCUGUCGAGGAUUUCGUGCAUAGCUUCAAGACAUUGGCUCCCCUGGCGGACUUCGUGGUGAUUAAUGUGUCGUGUCCCAACACCGCAGAGGGAAAGACUUUCGAGGAGCCAAGUGCCCUGUCUGAUCUCUUGCAGGCCGUUGCUAGACAAAGUCGAGAGAUGCAGUGGGAGCGGGCACCGCCGAUACUGGUGAAACUCAUGGCGACCCCAGACUCUGACGAUGGCCGAGCGUGCCAGCGAGAGCUGCUGAGAGUUAUCGAAGACUCGAAGGUCGUGGAUGGCCUCGUUAUCUCAAACACAAUCAAAAACCCAGAGGCUCAGCUAUCCAGCACAGGACGACAAGCUGCGGACGCCAUCGGCAAAGGCGGUGUUAGCGGCAAGGUCAUACAUCGACGGAGUGUUGCUGCCAUCCGGUCAGCUUUCGAAGCCACAGGUGGGAGACUGCCAAUAAUCGGCGUCGGAGGCACUGAUAGUGCUGAGGCCGCGUACGAGAAGAUCCGCGCUGGAGCAAGUCUCGUCGAGGUCUACACCGGCUUGGUCUACAAGGGUCCCGGUCUUCUUGAAGAUAUCCAAACAGGUCUUCGCCGGUGCUUGCAAAAGGAUGGCUUUGGCAGCAUCCAGGAGGUGCUGUUGAACAAAGAUGUUUGCCUAUCUCGGAAGGCACUGGAUGCAACGGGGCUGAUGAAAGUCAAGAUAUUCGAGCGUGACUUUGCCAACGGGUAUUUGUUCGGGGAGCUGCUUUACAAGCAUGGCCUCUUGCAAGCUUUCGAGGAGGAAUUCGUGGAUGAAUCUCACCUGGCUGCGAAAAGGCAGAACUUUUCGAUGGUGCAGCAGGCCCUUAGAGAAGCUGUCGGUGAGCUCGGCGUGAAGCUCCCCAAUGAACAGGUAGAGGAGAUCAUGGACGAAGACCGCGGAUCUUCUCUCCGGAUCCUCUACCAGCUGCGGCGGGUGCUCAGCACCAAGGCCAAAGGCUCUGUUCCCUCGGCCAAGGCAACAGCGGGUGCUGGACGACCGCGGCUGCAGAAGCAGGUGAAAACUGAAGAGGAGGAGAACUUCUUCGACCAGAGGGUGAACACCCUUCGCCCAAUAGAUCAGCGAUAUCCCUACGAGGUGCACAACAAGGCUUUCGUGGACGAACACACCAGGCAGCUGCGCAGCGCCCGGGAGAAAGAGUACGAGGAGAUGGUGGAACGGAGUGCCAAUGUGCAGGAGUUUAGGGUUGCUCAGCAGCGAAAAAUGGAGAGCAGCAGAGCUCAGAAGGAACUUGCGAGGAAAGCUGGGGAGCAGCACUGGCAGGGUGUGCAAGAGAAGAAGUACAACCUGCUCGAGAAGGACCUCAACUUUGAGAAAGAGAUGAUUCGAAGAGAUCAGCAGAGGAUAGUUGCCAUCCGCGAACACUAUGCUGAAGACUGUGGCUUCAGAGAAGGGGAUGAGGAUCAUGGUAUUGCUUGGUUCGAGAAGAACCUCCAGCGGAUUGGCAUCGACACGUCCGAACACUCGGGAAGUGACACUGCAACCAUUGAGGCUGCGACCCUCAAGGAGCUUCACGAGAAAAUGAAAGAGAAGCUUCCAAGCAAGGCUCGCCUGCAGAUCGAAUCUGCCAAGCGAAUGGAAAAGAUUCGGGACACGAAGCGGCAGACGGACAUUGCUCGUAAGGAGAGGGAGCGGCGACAGCGCCGUGUCCAGUACGAGCAGGCAGCUACCACGGCAGCCGUUGAAGCCAAGAAGAAGGAAGAAGACCUGCUCACCUGGCUUCUGACAGAGACGGCCAAGUACCGGCAAGAAGCUGCGGAAUACGAUUUCAAGCUGCGACGCAAGCAGGCUCAGUGGGAGCAGAGGGAAGCGAAGCAGCUGGCCUACGCGCAGCGUGCAGCCGUGGAGCAGGACGAGGCAUGGAAUCGCAUGGCGGAAAAAGCGAGGGAGGAAAGGCAGAUCAAGCAGAGGUACCGAUCCAACUUGCCAGACACAGAAGGAGCGGCCGAGGAGGCAUCGUCAGAUGACGAUGGAGCGCCGGUGGAGCCUGGUGCCACAACAGCAGCCGUCGAGAAGAAGAGGUCGGAGAGGUUUACAAGCGAAAGUGUGUCAGUGAAAGGGUCGGAUGCUGCCUCGGCAGCACCGGUCGUCGAGAUCGCGCCUUCCGAGGAGGUCAUCGCCUGUGUGAGGGAAACCUUGAUGACGGAGUACCUCUUCUUUCGCGGUGCUUGGGCGCACUUCAAGCCGAGCGAGGUGCGGCCGAGCGGCCGGUCAGCGAUCUGUCUAGUUGCGAGCGGGCGGGUUCUUCGCUCCUUGGCUCUUCUGGAGCCAGGAGGAGGCGCUGGGCCUCUUGCGCGGUGCCCUGGGGCGCUUGGGGGAGACUUCCCAGGCUCGAAGCUGCUGCUUGCUGCCUUAAGCGGCUUGGUGAGACACUGCCAGUCUGCCAGUGCCAGGCUGCCUCGGAGCCGCGGCUUGGAAUUGCUGCAAUGGCAUCAUCUUCCUCUGACUGCGCCUCAAUCCUGCACGGCAAGCAACCUUGUCUGUAACGACACAUACUUUGGGAAGGCAAAGCGGGUUCUCCAGCCAGACUUGCCGGCAAAGAAGGCAUCGGCUUCGUUCAAGGCUGCAUCUGAUGGUUCCUCGCGAGAGGUGAACUCUGAAAGGUCUGUGCAUAAAGCAGAGGUGGUGUGCCGAUCUUGCACAAAAGCGUUGUCACUAUGUGACAGGGUCUGUCCAUGGUGCGAAUGUGCACCAUCCUUUUCAUUGAGUGGCAACUUCAACUUGAAGGGGGCGCUCCGUGUGCUGCAUGACGGGCGCCACGGUGGCGGCGAUGCCUGCAACCUGGUCCUCUUGGGCCAUAAUAUGGACCGGGAUCAACGCGUUGUUGUCAAGGCGAGGCUUGUGUGUUCACUUGAGACACAGGUUCCUACUCUGUAUGUCUACGACCAUUGUCCAUACUGCGUGCGUGCAAGGAUGAUUUUCGGCUUAAAGAAAACACCUUUCAAGUUGGACUUCUUGAUGAACGAUGAUGUUGUCACCCCUACCAAGAUGAUUGGCAAAAAGGUUCUCCCGAUUAUGGAGAUUGACGGCGAAGCUAUGGGCGAGUCCUUGGACAUCGUUGCAAAGGUCGACGCCCUGGACGACUCUCCGCUUCUGGCAAAGGCAGCCGGCCGCGAAGACAUUGCCAAGUGGCUGAGUGACAACAAAGACCUCCUGCGCAAGAUCACGAGGCCUAGAGAUGCGAUGGCCUUGUACCCCGAGUUUUCUACCAAAGAUGCUCGCGCCACUUGGGUCAAGAAUCACCAGCUCUCUGGCAUGACCUUCGAGGAAGCACUUGCAACAAGCGAACCCCUGAUGGAAGAGUUCAAUGCGAAGCUCCCGGAGCUCAGUGAGAUGCUCCACAGCUCAUCCUCCGUCAACGAAGGUGGCUAUUCCUACGACGAUAUCACUUUGUUCCCCACUUUGCGGAGGCUUACGCUCGUAAAGGGCAUAAAGUGGCCGGAGAAGCUCCGGCAGUAUACCGAGAAUAUGGCAGAGGCUUGCGACGUGCCGCUGUUGGACGGAAUGGCCGCCAGACUGGAUGAGGAUCCAGAAGAGGUGGCAACCAUCAAGGAGGAAAUCCAGAUACAACGUCAGCUGGCGCACGACAACACUGUGCCGCUACUGUAUGCAGCAGAAACACCCUCGGAGGUUGUGUUGGUUAUGCCCUUUGCUGCUGGAGGCGAUCUCCAUGCGGCCAUGGGACCCCGGGGCAUGCUGUCCGAGAAGCAGGCCGCCAGGUUGUGUGGGCAACUUCUGGAAGGCCUUCGUUAUCUUCACGAGGAUUUGUACAUACUGCACGGCGACGUCAAGCCGCGCAACAUCUUCCUGGUUCCGGCAGGGUCAGGGUUGGUCGUUCAGUUGGGUGACUUCGGCCUUGCACGUGAGUGCCCGCGAAAGGCACCCUUCCUCUGCCACUUCGCUGGAUUACAAGGCUCUCAUGGCUACAUGGCGCCAGAGAUCCUGUCUGAACAGGAUUAUGGCAGACCGGUGGACAUUUUUGCCCUUGGCGUCAUCAUAUUUACGCUCCUUGCUGGAUAUGAACCAUUCUAUCCCCCCUCCAAUGUGCGCGCCCCGCUGGAGUUUGAUCCACCGUCGUGGGAGCCUUUGAGCAAGGAGUCGGCCGAGUUUGUAACAGACAUGCUGCGAGUGGCCGCCGAGGAGCGUCUGAGUUCCAGUGCAGCUCGAGACCACAGCUGGCUACAGAUGGAUACCUUUUCUGAUGCCUCGCAACCCGCGCACGUGGAGCUCACAUUUCACCGGGCAGGGGAGGUGCAACAAGCUCUCGCCGAAACGAAACCGGCGUGA